ACUGGAAGUAUAAAUUUGCCUCCCGACCUCAUCAUACUGCAUACUUAUUUGCCUUCAAGGAAAAUCCUACUUUUAUAGGAGUCACAGUUCCUGGAGAAAUAUGUAGUAAGAUUACUGCUGGAGGAGUUGCUCUGUAUUUAGCGGGUUUAUCGUUGGAGUCAUAUGCUGUCAGUAUCGUGCAGUUGCUUGGCCUUAAUGUGGGAAUGAGUUAUGAUAAUACUGAGAUCUGCCGUUGUUCAGGGGAUGUUUGCACAAUGUCUCCAGAAGCUUUACAAUCUGGGGGUGUAAAGGAUUUUAGCACCUGUAGCUUGGAUGACUUUAAAUAUUUUGCUGCAUAUUCUGGCAUUGAGUGUCUUCAUAAAAUCCUUCCUGAUGAGCCAGUUUACAAAAAGAGGAAGAUGUGUGGCAACGGGAUAUUGGAAACAGGUGAACAAUGUGAUUGUGGCACUGCAAAGGACUGUACUCAUCCAGACUGCUGUGAUGCUAGAACAUGUUUGAAGAAAAAAGAUAAAGUAUGUGGCUCAGGGGCAUGCUGUACAACGGAUUGCAAGAUAAAACCAGUUAAUACACUUUGUAGGAAAGCAGUUGAUGAGUGUGACUUUGAAGAAUUUUGUAAUGGGAAUCAACCAAUCUGUGUGCCUGACACUUACGCACGCGAUGGAGAACUUUGUGAGUCGGGUGACGCCUACUGUUAUAAAGGACGGUGUAGAUCAGUUAACAGACAGUGUAGCAGAGUACUUGGAGCAGGGUCUAGAGGUGCUCCAUAUUCCUGUUAUGAUGAAAUAAAUGCAAGAGCAGAUAGAUAUGGAAACUGUGGCAGGGGAAUUUGUGGGUUUAGUCAAUCGAUGUGUGGAAAAUUAGUUUGUGCCUGGCCAUAUAAAACUUUAGUAUCACGAACAAAUUUAUCUGUGAUCUAUACUCAUGUAAGAGAUGAAAUAUGUGCAUCAGGAUUUCUGAAUGCUGAGAAGUUACCUAGAGAUACAUUUACCACAGUUCAAGAACCUGAAGACAGAGAUGAAACAUUUGUAGAAGAUGGCAGUAUAUGUGGUCCUGAAAUGUAUUGUGUGAACUUUUCCUGUGUAGAGCUUAAAUACCGCAUGGAUAAAACCGCAUGCGAUAAUGGUAUACAUUGUGCAUCAAAAGGAAUAUGCAACAAUUUUAACAGUUGCCAUUGUUUGCCAGGGUUUGCACCUCCUAACUGCAAGCCACUUCCAGGAGAAUUUGGAAGUAUCAAUGAUGGACACACGCACAAAACUGGUAAAAGUUUUUUGAAGGAAAGAUCUCUUGGUCAUCCAAAACGCAGACUUCAACUAGUUUUCUACAUUUCUAUACCUGUGUUCAUCAUUGCUGCCGCUCUUAUAAUAAAGCAGGAUAAAAUAAGAGAGCUGUGCUACAAAGGAGAACUUGAAAGUGAAAGAUCUGCGUCGGAAGAAAGCAGCACGGACAGCAGGUCCCUCCCCAGCGUCAGCAACAGUCACUGAUGGUCUUGCCCUAUAGAGAGGAUAGUACCAAAUAAAUCACCAGAAACUGGCCUAAACCAAGAAGAAAAAAAAACAAACAUAUUUCUCUGUCCCG